AUGGCCGACCUGCAGGAGCUGUUUGCCCGACUCCAAGGUGGCGCCUCUAGCAAUCAGCAGCAACAGCAACAGCAAUCGCAGCAGCAGCAGCAGCAGCAGCAGCAGCACGGCUAUCAGCCGCCUUCUGUCUCGUCGCCCAUCUUCUCUCCCCUACCGAGUGGCCCACAGCCUCAUCACCAUUCUGCCGUCAUGUCACCCAACACGUCCAUGGCGAGUACGCCUGCACCCGAACAAAGCCAUGUGUCGCACCAGACGCCACAGCAGCAGUCGACCAACCUUCUGAAUCUACUGCGCUUCAACUCACAGUCUGGCUCUGCGCACUCCAGACGCGUUUCGCAGCAGUCACUGGCUCAGACGUCUGAUUUGAUGGCAAGCAUGAUGGGUGGCGGUAGGACGUCAUCCCAGAGCGCUUCCUCUCAAGCUCAGGCUAUGCCGGCGCCCGUGCCUUCGCAGCAGCAGAACCCACAGGACCUGCUCCUCCGCCUACUCAACCAUCCCAAGCCAGCCCAGUCAAGCGGUCGCUCAUCCCGGCCUGUCUCAGCCGCGUUCUCGCCGCCUGUCGCGUCUAACAAGCCUGAAACGGUUGUGGACGACGUCGUGCAAGAUUUCGCCGACGCUGAGCUUGAGCAGGUAUCUGCUUCUCCCGUCGCCCCCGCACCGGGAACAUCUGCCUCCUCCACAAAGGCUUUUGGCUCCAACAGCAACGAAGCUUCAUCGCUCGCUCCAAAGUUUACCUACGUCAAUCCGUUUGAUCAACUUGAAGCUGCAAGCCCGCGCAACCGUACUCCUGUCCAGCAAGGCUCCAAGCCACCAGCCCCAAAGGUCGAGAUCCUCAAGAAGAACGCUCCGGAAGCUCCUCUUCCGCCGGCCGACGAGGACACUCCAGCCCACGUACAUGAGUCUGUGGCUGAAGCCGUGAAUGACUUGGGCGAGCAAGUAGGGCAGCAGGUCGAGGAUGCGCUUGCCGAAGCUGAGAGCAAGUCAAUUACACCGUUGCCCGAGGAGGCAAAGGGAGAGAAUCUUGAGAUUCAAGAAGUACAAGAGGUCAUGACAGAGAUUGCUACCGAGAUCAAGGAAGAUUUCGAAGACCCCAACAAGGCCAAGGAGAUGGAAGCGAGUCUUUCAAAGCCACUUGCGGCUGCUUUGAAGGAUGUCGCUACCGAGAUUGCUGAAGACAAUGUCGCUGAGAACUGGGAAACUGCCGAAGCCGAAGAAAGCCUUGCUAAGGGUGAUGAUCAGACGGUAAUAGUCUACAGAUUCCCCAUGCGUGCCUUCGCUUCCAUCCAGGUCAACCAAAUGCCGCCCCGCAAUCUUUACUUCAGCAACGAGCUCUUUAUGGACAUUGCUCGUUUGAAGAAGGACUUUGAUCAGAUUGACCGAUCUCUCGUUGCUGCUAGCAAGAACUUCAUUGUCUAUGCUCUCGUCAAAAAGGGUGGUUUCCGUAUCAUUCGUCAGGAGAACGGACAUUAUCGCCAGGUAUUUGAGAACCAUCAAGAGCGCAUCUUCAACAUCGCUCUUUGCACCUCUGCAGAUGAUGCACAACAGCCACUUGAGAGCAUCCUUGGCAUAGGAGUCAACGGUACUGUCUUCUGGACAUCCCUCGACCCUGCCCGUGAGGACCAGUUCGGCGAGAACCUUGACUCUCAGGGCCUAAUGCUUCCUCCGUCGCCAUCCCAAGAUGAUAACACAUCUGGAGGUCAGCUCAAGACACGCGCCAAGCCAUCCUCACGACACCCCGAGUUUUUCGCUGUUGGCCGAGGCAAGUCGAUCCACAUCAUUUUUCCUCGAGUUGCUGCAGAGUACGCUCGCACCAAGAGCCGCAUCUGUCACACCGAGAAGUAUCUCAAGGAGCGUUCUCUCAAGAUUCUUACUGGCAAGGCUGGAAAGGACUUCACUUUCAGUGAGGACGACACCAUCAUUGUCUCAUUGGACAAAGCUGGCCGCAUGCGCUUCUGGGAUAUCCGUAGCUUGACCGAGCCUGACCUGGGCAACCCUCGCAGCCCACCCCGACAGGUAGAGGUCUCUGAGACCCUGCUCGAGUUCCACACUACGACGCCGAACGCCAAGUCAUGGCCCACCUCGGUCUUCUUCUUUGACAAGGACAAGCCUUACACUAAGGGUAUUGCGCUGCGUUAUGUCAUGGUCGGUAUGAAACAGAACCACGCUUUCCAGCUGUGGGAUCUUGGUCUCAACAAGGCCGUUCAGGAGAUCCAUUUGCCUCAUGAGAACGAAUCAGAUGCUAUCUGCAGCGUAUCGUUCCACCCCCGAACCGGCAUUAUGGCAGUUGCCCAUCCUACGAGGAACUCAAUCUUCUUCGUCCAUGUGUCAUGCCCGCGUUACAACCUGCCAGUUCUGAGUCAAGCAGCCUACAUCUCUCGCUUGGCUAACAAGGGCGACAAGGGCCAGAACCCUCUACCUCCAGUCAAUGCUACGGCCAUCAUGACAAGUAUCACAGAGUACUCGUUCGCUCCAAAGGGCCAGAUCAGAAGCCUGCACAUGCUCAAUGAGCCUGCCGGUCCUGCAGACGUUGAUGACCCGGACAAUGCUGCCCUCUUUGAGCUGUACGUCAUGCACUCCAAGGGAGUGUGCGUCUUGCGUAUUCGUAGAAGCGACCUUGGCUGGAAGAAGGAAGGUGAACCAAUUCAUCCCAAGGAAGCCGAGGAGGAGGGUAUCAUUUCCAUCUCAACACUCAAGGCGCCACAGCCUGUUACAGAUGAGUCAUCUACUACUGGAGACACUCCUGCACCCAAGUCUGUUUCAGACCGGUCUGUUCGCGAAACUUUGAAGAGAGAGAGCAGCAACAUUUCUAAGCACUCAAUGAACCCAGAGGCUGCUGUGCGCGCAUCUACCCUAGCCAAGGUCGAGAGCAAGCAAGAUGCGGCUCGUGCAGCCAUCAUGAACGGUGGCAGUGAGAAGGCUGAGAAGAAAAAGAAGAAGCGCACGGCCGCCGCAGAAGCAGCUUCUCAAGCGCAACCUUCCAACGCCAAGAUCACAGAGACAACAACAGAAGCGCCCGAGUGGGCUAAGCAGCUUAUCAACAAGCAUAUCCAGCAAUCAACCCCUGCUGCUCCUGCUGCGGCUGCUGCUGCUGCUGGCAACACUUCUGCUGGUCCAAUAGACUCGUCAAAGCUUGAGGAAAUUCUUCAAGCUGAGAUCAGCAAGGGCUUCUCUCGCGAGUUGGAUGUCAUGUAUAAGCGAUUCGACGAAGACAAGCGCGUUCUCAACGCCGCGAAUGGUGCCAAGCAAGAAGCGAUACUACGCAUGGUCUCUAGCACACUAAACGAGAACGUGGAAGGUGUCAUCAGGAAGAUGGUUGAUGACAACAUCCGUAACGUUUUGCUUCCCGAAGUUCUGGCGAAGACUUCGGCUACUGUCGAGCAAGGUCUUCAGAAUAAUCUCAAGUCCGCCCUGGGCCCCCAGCUCUCAAAGGAAGUGGCCGAUUCAGUGUCUCGAGCUUUGAAACAACCCCAGACAGUUCAGCCGCUGGUUGAUCAGAUCGUCAAGAAGAUCGGCAAUCUUGAGGCCAUGGUAGUCGCUGCUGCGGGGUCAGUUGUCAACCCUGCCAUCUCAAACUUGAGUAACCUCAUCGAACGUCAAAUCGCAAACGAGCUUCGUCAAGCUCGUACUCAGCGUCGCGAUGACACUGCCAAGAUCACCACACUGACCGAAACCGUGCAUACCUGUCUGGACACGAUCCGAACUAUGGCUGCGACUCAAGCUGAGCUUCAGGCACAGGUGGCCAAACUGCAACAGGCCAUCGAAGAGCGCCAUACCCAGGGUCCAUCUCGUGGAGAGGGUACGAUGCAGACGGCGCGCUCUCCUCAAAAGCAGAAGACCCCAGAGGAACUAGAGAUUGACGCCAUCCAUAAACUCAUGUCUGAGGGCAACUUUGAGCAAGGUACUAUGCAGUGGCUGCAGUCUCCACGUAGUGCUGCACUCUUCGACGAGGUCUUUGUGCGCUACGACCCUGCCUAUCUCAACCAGGUCAGCCCGCUGCUUGCACUCUCGACCGGAGCAGUAGUCUCCGAAUCAUUGGGUCGCAACCUGCACGAACGUCUUGUCUGGCUCAGUGCUGUUUUCAGAAGCGUUAAUCCCGCCGAUGCAGAGAUUCGUGAUAUCAUCCCGAAGAUCAUGGAUGUCGUUGUCCAACGUUUGACGACUGCGUACAUCCAGCUCAAUGAGAGCACUCCUGGCAGCCCGCUUCUUCGCGCCAUCUCUCAGCUGGUCAACAAAUGUCACGAAAUGACUCGCGCAGCUACACUCUUCAGCCCACGCGGGUGA